CUUCCGGUGUGGUUGCUGAGCAACACAAUCCCCAUCGUGGUGCGGGGGGGAGGGGAAAUGUCCGCCCGCACCGAGUAACUCCUGGGACCCUGGACUUGCUUCUCCAAGCAAAUGGCGACAGCGGCGAACAUCACGCCGCCAAAUCGAAUACUGUUAGGUGACACGAGGAACAAUUCAGGUAGAAUAUUUUCAGGUCAGAAGACCAAGCUAUGUGCCCCAAAAUGUUCUGUGGAACGGGAUCUUGGAGAUGUGAAUGUGCAGGUUCGUGACAAACCGAAUGAACUUGGCAGAGUACAGUUUCCAAAUCUGACGGAUCUGCGACAAGUUACAAUUCUUCCAAAAGUGGAAUGGCAACGCAUCCAGGAUAAUUUGAAUGGUAUAAAUCAUGAGGCUGAAUUUUUACGUGCCCAGAUGGAAGAAAAAGAAGCCUUACAUUUACAAUCGAAGGAAAUAACCAAACACUGGACAAACACAGUUGCAGGUCACAGACAAAAAAGACUUAAUGCACGAAAACUACGUGAAGAAAAGGAAGAAAAGGAGAGGCGAGAAAUAGAUUUGGAGGAGGCAAAAUAUAUGGCACAGAAAAGAAAAGAACAUCUGGAACAGGCUAAAACUCUACUUUUCUUCCAGACCGAUAGAGUGAAAGGAUUUAAUGCUGCACUGAUGUUUACUGAAGCACUAAAAGAACGAGAAGCCCAGAUUAAAUUGAAGCAGAAUAGGGAAAAUUUUCUUAAAACUCAAGAAAAACAAUUUCUGGAGGACAAACAACGCCGAAUGUACACAAGUGAGGAUGUUGAGUGGCAAAAAAUACUAAAACAAAAGGAACAGAGGAAGGCUCUUUCUGAUUACCAUGAACAACAGAUAAAAGAACAUGAAGUGCUAAGGAAACAAGAGAAGCAACAAGAUAUAAUGGAAGGAAAAGAAAUCAGGAAAUUGGCACAGUUAUAUGCAUGGGAACUUAGUAAAAUUGAAGAACUAAAGAAGCAAGAAAAAUAUAAUAAUAAGAUCACUCAUAUGGCACAUGUUGAGAACAAUAAUAUUAUCAAAGCACUAGAAAAGCAAAAACAGGAAUUCCAAGAUGAAGAUAUCAGAUUGUACGUAUUAGCAAAACAAAAAAUGAUAAAACUUAGGAAAGAAAGACAAGCAGAAAUGGACAAAGAGAGGGAAGACCUGAGAAACCAGAUGUUGAAGUUAAUAGGUGAACAAAUGAAAGAAGAAAUACGGGAUGAAUCACAACGUAUUAGGAAAGCUGCAGAAGAAAAGGAGGCUAAAAGAGAUAUGGAAAUGAAGCAAAAAGGAGAAAAAUCACUGUCAGAUAUAAAAGCGAUUGAAGAACACAGAAUGAUGAUGAUGAAAGAACGAGAGGAAAAGGAAAAAGCAGAAAAAUUAGAAGCACUGGAAAUUCGUCAUGCCAAGAUGGAAGCAGAUUAUAUACAUCUUGAAAAAGAAAGGAAAAAAAAGAUUAAGAAACUGCAAGAGGGUGGAUGUAUGCAGUCCUUCCUCACUGAACAAAUAGCUGAAAAGAAAGCAAAGGCAUUACAUGAGCGUGCAACCGAACUGGAAAAUGAAGCAAAAACCAUGGCUCUACUUGAAUUUGAAAAGAGGGAAUUUGAAAAGUAUGCAUUGGAAGUUAUUGAAACCGCUUCAAAAAAAGGACGAAAUGUCUAUCCACUCCUUAAGGCUGCCCAACAAGGCAUUGGUGGUGGGCAUGGUCCUGUGUUUGUGGAUAAAGGUGGAAUUAGACCAAACCAAACCAAGGACCCCUUAGGAGGAUCCCUUCCCAAUGAUCAAAUUGGUGCAACAGAGCCAAUAAAACACUCAAAUGAUAAAUGUGAUAUUGAUAAAACCAAAAAGUCAUUGGGUUUUAUAUGGUAAAUGCUUUGGAAAGUAUGAGUUACAAAAUGAUUGUCACUAUUACAUUAAUUUGUAUGAUCUACUUUAUAACCAUGAAUUUAAUUAUCCCUCUCCAUGCAUUUUGAGAUUAACAAUGUUUGAAUAAUAAUUCUAGUUGUGAAUUUCUGAGAUUCACAUAAAAUAUCAAACAAUGAACAAUGUUACAUAAGCUUUCUCCUGUCAACCAAUUAACUAUUUUUUAUUAAAAUGGAAACCUUUUGGUGAACUUUUUGACAUCAACUUGAAAAAUAGCAGAGUAUAAAUUUGCUAAUACUGAGUAGUAAUAGUGGUAGUAAUACAUCAAUGGUGUUUUUGAUGUUAUCUAUAUCUCUUCAAUGAUCUCCACAUCCAGUUGUAUUUAAAUGCAAGUGCCCUGCUUUGUAAUCAAUGUAGCUGGAACUAUUCUGGUGGAAAUGUAUUUCAUCACUGCAUAUAAAUAAAGUGGGAUUGUGACUUUAAA